CAUAAUUUAGAUUAAUGUUGUUAAUAACUAAUGAUGUUUAAGGAAUGGGACAAAAAGAAAGGUAAUUAUAAACCAAAUAAGCAUGGAUAUUGGACUAAUGCUAAAGGAAGACUUCGUUCUGCAUUUUGUAGACUAUCAAACAAAAUAGAAUUUUUAGGCAAAGUUUCUAAUUCAAUGCCAUAUAGAAGAUAUCGUCUAAAAAAUAUUGAGGAAUUAAUCCGUUUAUCAGAUAAUACGUCACAAUUACCGACAACAAUGGUUUCGGAUUUCGAAAGUAUUUUACCAACAGAAGAACACCUCAAUCUCUCGUGUAUUAACAAUCCCCCUACUUUGAACGGGAUGAGUAAUGAAUGUAGUAAUUUAAAUAACAACGAGAAAAACAUUCAGUAUGAAUACGUUCUUCCAUAUCCACAAAUAAAGGAUGAGAAUGAUUCCGAUUAUCGCCAACAUACAGAAUACAAUUUAAAUAGUUUUACGUUAAAUUUCGAUACGGAUUAUAUCUCUUCUGAAGACAAAUGGUUGAUGAAACUAUACAAAUGCAUGAAUUGGAAAAUUAUCAUUUUGCUUGCAAAAAUCUCUCAAUCCUCAAUCAUUUAACAACAAAGACGAUUUAACAUCAUAUCAUAACGAAUACCUCAUGAUGAACACAUUAUCUUCCAUCAUCGAUCCUGAAGUUUUGCAACCUUCUGCAUCCUCCGAAUAUCUACGAGAAGAAACCAAUGAUUUAAUAUUACUUACUAAUGAAAUCUGUAAAGAUGCCAAUAAAU